CAUUUCCCCACCGAGGCCGCUUCCCCCGUCCCGGAGCCCGCUCGCUCAAGAACAAAGAACCAGAACCAGGGGGGAGAAAUCCCAAAUCCCGAGCCCCCAUGGAGAGCAACGGCGAGCCCCCAAACAAGGCCCCCGCGGUCGUCACCGGCGCGGCCGCUGCGGUCCCUGGAGGCGGCAUGGAUUUCUUGAGCCGCCUCCCCGACCACCUCCUCGUCGACAUCCUCCUCCGCCUCCGCACCAAGGAAGCCGUCGCGACGACCGUCCUCUCCCGGAGAUGGCGCUGCAUAUGGGCCCAGCUUCCCCACCCCUUCUUCGACGGCGUACACCCCUCCGUGCCCGCCCGUGCCCUCGCGGCCUACGAGGCCCUCGCCGCCUCGGAGGCGCACGCGGCCGCCGACAUCCAGAGCCUCGCCGUCUCGCCCGACCAGGUGGACGCGCGGGAGACCUUCGCCUGGCUUUCCCUCGCCGCGCCCCUCCUCUGCGGCCGGCUCCACCUCGACGACAGCCGCGCUGUGUCGGACGAAAUGGUAGAGCUCUUUCGGGGACGACGACGACGGCACGACGGCGAGGCGUUCGAGAUGCCCUGCUUCAGGAGAGCCACAGAGAUUCGACUUCACCUCGGGUUUCUUACCCUCGAGCUGCCACGGGUUGGCGUCUUUGAUGCGCUUAGGCUGAUGCGGUUGCAGAACUUCCAGUCCCGGGGCCAGUUUCUCAUCAGCGACACCAUGCUCCCGUCCUUGCAAGAACUAACCAUGAGCGGAGUCCGUGACAUGAACGUGCUGACGCUCAACUCCAAGUCUCUGGUAUCUAUUGAUCUGUCCUAUCUCAUGGGGCUUCAGCGUCUCCACAUCACGGCUCCAGGGCUCCAUCAGCUAGAGGUGGUACGCUGCUUCUAUGAUUCUCUCAAACCAGUUGCCAGCAUUACUGCAGAGAGAUUAGAGGUGUUCAGGUGGAAUGGGCCUUAUGAUCUAGAGUCUGUCCACCUCGGAGAGAUGCCAUGCCUCCAGACGCUCGGAGCACCUCCUAUCGACACACAUCGUUGGCGAGGUUUUCAGAUGGCUCAGAUAUGUGCAGGGUUUCUUGGUCGCUUUACAGCAGUUGACCACCUUGAGCUUGACAUGACUCUUGGUGUGAGUGCCUUUUCUUCCUCUUGGAUACAAUUAUUUUUACGGUCUCCUCUUGGACUUAAACUGUGCAAUGUUAUUCAUGAGCAUAAAUUAUUCUCUCCUUGAAUAAUAUCAGUGUGCCGUUGAGAUAAAAUUGUAUUGUAACGAGCCAAGAUUAUACGUAUCUUUUCAUUGAUAGAAGGAGUGCGAGAAAUUACAAUCGGGUGGGGAAGUACAUCAAACAACACGUGCACAAGAUGGUGUGAGUGAGAUGGCCAGAGCAGGGGGGGAUGGGGUGCUCAGCCCAUUAAGUAACUGUUGAUUACUAUGGAAGUGCACAAGCAUAAUUAGAGCAGGAAAGCAGCAAAUAGGAGUUCCGAAAUAGCAUUGUUGGCAUUGUAGAAUAUGCUUCUAGUGGUUUGAGUUUGCAAGUUUGUACAUAUGCAAGUAUCCUUCAGGAAAUCAGGAAAUAGGUGGUCAGAAACAGCAUUUUCAGUAUUGUAGGAUAUACUUCAAGUGGUUUGAAUUUUUGUUUGUACAUGUGCAAGUAUCGUUCAAUAAAGCAGAAAAUGGGAGUUCAGAAACAGCACCGUUGGUAUUGUAGAAUAUUCAUUCAGUGGUUUGAGUUUGCAAGUGUCGUUCAGGAAAGCAGAAAAUAGGAGCUCAGAAACAGCACUGUUGGUAUUGUAGGAUAUACUUCAAGUGUUUGAGUUUUUGUUUGUACAUGUGCGAGUAUCGUUCAAUAAAGCAGAAAAUGGGAGUUCAGAAACAGCACCGUUGGUAUUGUAGAAUAUUCAUUCAGUGGUUUGAGUUUGCAAGUGUCGUUCAGGAAAGCAGAAAAUAGGAGCUCAGAAACAGCACUGUUGGUAUUGUAGGAUAUACUUCAAGUGGUUUGACUUUGCACAUCUGUACUGUGCAAGUAUCCUUCAGGAGCAGCAUUGUUAGUUUUGUAGAAUAUGCUACUGUGCCUUUUGACUUAUGCGUAGGAUAUUCUACUGGUGGUUUUUAGAUAUGUAUAUAUUGCAAGGAUUCUCAGAGUAUACAAGGAAAAGAUAGAAAGUUAAGGCUGAUGUAGUUUCUCAAUCUGUUACUCAGAGUGUAAAUUCACUGAGGAUCAUUUUUAUGGGCUCACCUUUUUUGACUUCCAAUGAAUCAGCCGAGGAUGGAUAGCUCGUUGCUCCUGAUGGAAGACAUAGUCAUCCCUAAUGUGGAUAUCUUGGGGUUGUCCUUAGAAACAAAUGAACAUGCUUUUGAAAGAAGUGUACUGCGGUUGCUCACAAAGUGUCAUGGUAUAAGAGAGCUGCGCCUAUCAUUCCAAAUCCGAGAUGAGGUCCAAAAUUACUGUUGGCCAAACUGCAUUUGCCACACUGAGCCAGGAGCUGAGGGCGUUCUGAUGAUGGCUCUGAGAGAAGUGUAUAUCAUCAAUUUUGAUGGGGAUGCAGGUGAAGUUUACGUUGUGGAACAACUCCUGCUACAGGCACCGGGUCUUACAGUUUUGACAAUAGCCUCGGAGGCUGAGGAUCCUUCAUUGGGCAACAUCGAAAGCUUAUGCCCUGCAGAUUGUAGAUUUGAGCUUUUAUGGUAUUAGAAGCGAACAGGAAUGCGUACAUCUGUUCGUUGUACAUUCUCGGCACGUAGCAACAUGUAUACAUACAGUGGGUAUAUUUGGUGACAUGAUAUCUGAGUUGCUAUUAGAGCUCUGAACCAUACCCUUUUUUUUUUGAGGAAUGCGUGCAAUCCUCAAAUGAGGAAUACAUAGUUCAUUAUACAUUCUGGGCAGGUAGCAAAACAUGUAUACAGUGGGUACAUUUGGAUUCAUGAAUGAUGACUGCGAUUGAGCAGUCUCGUAUUAUUGGAUUCAUGAAUGUGGCCAGUUGACUGUACUUAUUUGUUUUUUGCUGCCUUUGUUGUCUUUGGGAUGGAACUGUUGCUGUCCGCCAUCGCUACAGAUGGUUUA